GCUCGUUCUUGCUCAAGUUCUGGUCCAUCGCAUUCUAUCUCUACCUCUCUCUGUGUGCGAACCCAGGUCCAGACGCUGGAAAAUAAGAUUAGCUGAGAGGGAUGAGAUAAUUGCCAUGCAGAUUAUUACCCACAGCUGAAUUCUACGGAUAAUUGCCUGUCAUUUUUGGAUUUGUAUCUUUUAUCCUGGACUCGGUUGAUUCGUCCUGGAGGCGUUGACAGCUUACUGAUAUCAAUCUGUUCCAUUUAGUUGUCAAUCUAUUCCAUUUAGUUGAUACCCAGCAUCACACCAUGCCAUAUUAUAUACAAAGGCUUUACAACACCUGCAGAGCGUCGUUUUCGCCAGAAGGACCCAUAUCUGAAGAGGCCCUCGAUAAAGUUCGUAUUAAGUUAGAGAAAAUGAAGCCCUCUGAUGUAGGUCUUGAAAAGGAGGCACAAAUAGUUUGUAAUUGGGCAGGUCCUGUUUGCGAACGUAAUGGAAGCCAUCAGACACCGCCACCAAUUAAAUACCUGCAUUUGCACGAGUGCGACAGCUUCUCUAUGGGGAUUUUCUGCAUGCCACCCUCAUCUAUCAUACCGCUUCAUAAUCAUCCUGGAAUGACAGUGUUGAGCAAGCUUAUCUAUGGAUCAUUACAUGUGAAGUCAUACGACUGGAUUGAUUUACCCUCUCCUGAUGACCCAAUGCAAGCAAGACCUGCAAAACUUGUAAAAGACAUUGAUAUGACGGCUCCUUCUGGGACAACAGUUCUUUAUCCAAACAGGGGAGGCAACAUCCAUUGUUUUAGAGCCAUAACAACGUGUGCUAUCUUUGAUAUCCUGUCUCCACCUUAUUCUUCUGAGCAUGGACGACACUGCACUUAUUUUGGAAGGUCCCCGCAAAGGGAUCUACCUGGUAAACUUGAAGUGAACGGUGAGACGGUUUCUGAUGUGGCCUGGCUAGAAGAGUUUCAACCCGCUGAUGACUUUGUGAUACACAGAGGGAUGUACAAAGGUCCUUUUAUUAGAAAAUGAGAGUUGUGGUGGUGUAUGGUUCAUUCGAAAUGAGAUUGGGUCUUCGUUAGGAAAAUAUAUUUAAGGGAGAUAUGGAUGAGAAUUUGGCAAUAAUCUUGAUAUGAAUUUGAGUAUUUGAUAAACCUUGGCAAUAAUUGAUGGUUUUGCAUAUAUGAAAGUUAGGCAUGUGGCUGCUUGUACA